AUGAGCCACGCAAAAGGCCUCAAGCAAAUACUCUCCAAACAACCCUCCGAUGUGGUCAUUCUCUCGUCCCUGCGGACUCCCGUCACAAGAGCCGUGAAGGGCGGCUUCCGAGACGCCUACGACCAUGAACUCCUCUCCCAUGUGUUGCGCGCCACUCUGGCCGCAAACCCAAACCUCGACCCGGCCAAGAUCGACGAUGUGGCGGUUGGCGUUGUGCUCGCCGAGCUAGGAGGAUCCAAAGCUGCUCGCAUGGCACAAUUACAUGCCGGCUUCGACGAGCGCACGGCCUUGCACACAAUCAACCGAGCAUGCAGUUCUGGGCUCGCAGCCGUGACAAGCGUAGGCAACAUGAUUGCCGUCGGGCAAAUCGACGUCGGCAUCGGAGCGGGCAUGGAGAGCAUGACCAAGAACUACGGCAGCAAGGCCAUUCCCACGGCCCUGUGGGAUGAGCUGAGGAACAGUCCAGUCGAGAAUGCCCGGGACUGCAUCAUGCCCAUGGGACUGACCAGCGAGAACGUGGCAAAGAGAUACGGGGUGAGCCGAGCCGACCAGGAUGCCUUCGCGGCCGCGUCGCAUCAAAAGGCCUCCAAGGCCCAGAAGGCCGGCCUGUUCGACUCGGAGAUCGUGCCGGUCAAAGUCAAGCAAUACCAACCCGAGCACCCUGACGCUCCCCCCAAAGAAGUGGUCGUGGACAAAGACGACGGCAUCAGACAUGACACCAGUGCAGAGAAGAUGGCCAAGCUCAAGCCCGCCUUUGCACAGGAUGGAACUUCCACCGCAGGCAACUCAUCUCAGAUAUCUGAUGGGUCGGCCGCCACUCUUCUCAUGCGCCGGUCCACCGCGACAGAGCUCGGUCUCGCCAAGUCCAUCAUCGGCAAAUGGGCCGGAACUCAGGUCGCAGGUUGCCGGCCUGACGAGAUGGGCGUCGGACCUGCGGUCGUCAUCCCCAAACUCCUCGAUUACACCGGCUUGAAGACCGAGGAUGUCAACAUCUGGGAAAUCAACGAGGCCUUUGCCAGCCAAGCUCUGUAUUGCAUCCGCAAGCUCGGCUUGGAUGUUGAAAAGGUCAAUCCGCGAGGAGGCGCCAUUGCUCUGGGCCAUCCCUUGGGCAUGACCGGCACAAGACAACUGGCCACCCUUUUGCCCCAGUUGAAUGAGGGUGAAGUCGGUGUCGUCAGCAUGUGUAUCGGCACCGGUAUGGGCAUGGCUGGCUUGUUCGUGAGAGAAUAA